AUGUCGAACACCAUCCAAUUCAAAGGCUACGCUCUCACUGGCAAGUAUCCGAGAAAAUGGUCCGACCUACAAGUCCUCUCCUACCAGCCCAAGACUUUCCAGCCGGACGAUGUCGAGAUCGCCAUCACGCACUGCGGUGUCUGCGGAUCCGACGUCCAUACCCUCACCCAGGGUUGGGGAAAAAGCAAGCUACCCCUUGUCGUCGGCCACGAGAUUGUCGGGAAGGUUGUCCGCGUUGGAGACAAUGUCAAGGACAUCAAGGCAGGAGAUCGUGUCGGGGUCGGAGCGCAGAUCGGGAGCUGCAUGCAUUGCAAAUCGUGCGAGUCGGAUUAUGAGAACUAUUGCCCGAAGGGCAUCCCAACAUAUAACGGCGAGUAUCCCGAUGGCGUCAUCAGCCAGGGGGGGUACUCUACUGCUAUACGCGCACACCAACAGUUUGUCUUCCCUAUUCCCCACGAAAUUGAGUCUCGACACGCAGCGUCUAUGAUGUGUGCGGGUUUGACCGUGUACUCCCCGCUGAAGACCCAUGGCGCUGGUCCAGGGAAGAAGGUCGGCGUGGUUGGCAUUGGGGGCCUCGGGCACUACGCAGUUCUCUGGGCGAAGGCCAUGGGGGCGGAAGUGUAUGCAUUCACGCACGACAGUAGCAAGAUGGACGAUAUCAAGAAGAUGGGUGCUGACCAUAUCGACUUCCACAAACCACUCUCCCGUGCCUUAGAUCUCAUCAUUUCGACGCGAGACGUGUUCGACCAGAAUAUGUCCCUGGACACUUAUCUAUCCAUGCUGUUUGUGCACGGCAAAUUCGUGACUGUCGGACUUCCGGAUGCAAAUAAUGUUUUGCCAGAGACUCAUGCCUUCAGCUUUGUGCCGAGUGGAUGCUUCCUUGGGGGCAGCGCAAUAGGAAGCAAGAAGGAAUGUCUCGAGAUGCUCGAUUUAGCCAGGUCGAAAAAGAUCAAGCCAUGGAUCGAAGAGAUGCCGAUGUGCGAUGUCAAGAAGGCCCUUGAGGGUGUGAAGCAGAACAAAGUUCGCUAUCGGUACAUCUUGACACAAGACAUCGAGAAUAAGUAG